UUAAAUAGCGUUAUUGGUAACCAAAGAGUACCUAGGUAACUUAAUAUGAUGUUAUAGUUAUAACAGUAUAUUGAUUAUAUUUCCUUAGUAACGCUAUAGUUGUGUAAACACUAAAAUGUAACGAAUAAUUUUAAUCACAGAAAUGUUCACGUGAUAAUGGUAGUUAGUGUGUUAUUUAAAAAUCAUUAUUAUUAUUAUAAUAUUACAAUGGACGAAAGUCUACAAGAGUUUCUGAUUGACAGUGGAGCACUUAACGAAGUGCAUUCCUUAGUGGAAUCUCUAGUGGAGUCUUCAGUAACAACAGAUGACUUAGAAGGCGAUGAAGAUGCACAUCAGAUUGCUAAUAAGCUUUUAGAACUAAAUGGUGAAGAUUUAGAAACGCGAUUGGAUGCUCUAGUGAGGGACGCAAAACUUCAUUACAUCGGUCAAGUAGCUGAUGGUCGGUGGCCUGAACUUUUGGAAUUUGAAUCUAAUGACCGGCAAGCCAUUCGCAAUUUGAACGCCUUGUAUCGGUUACCUUUUACAUUCGAUACUUACUCUGGUACUUUUUUUCAGCGACUCACCAAGGGACUAGAGUAUUGCAUUACAGUGGAUCCUCUUUUUGAACCAGCUUUACGUAUAUACGCAAAACUUGUGAAUUCAGCUUUAGACUGUGAGACUACUGUCGAGAGUUUCGCUUCUCUGUGCGAAGCAGUGCAUUUACGAUGUUGUCGACGACCUCCUCUUGACCAAGACAAGACUAUUGCCUUGACAUGUCUCAUGAUUAAGUGUUUACCUGCAGUUUGUCACAGGGGAGUCUGUAGUAAAAACGUUAAACCUGCUGUGGUCGAGUUUGUGGCUGCUGUUUCUUAUGAUUACCAACAUGAUGUUGGGUGUGCAUACAGUAUUUUAUGUCGAGCCGAUCCAAUUGCUUGUUGGUUUAAUUAUAUUUCUAAGAACAGCUCAAUUCGGACGGCAUUUUUUGACUGCUUACAUGCUGAUAAACGGUUUAUGAAGACUGUGUUAUCCGGAUUUUUGGGAUGGAUGAGAGAUCCUAAAAUUCCAAAGAUGACUACCGAUAUAAGAAGUGUGGAAGUUAUAAGGUACGCGUGUUGCCUACAUGCUGUGUAUUUGUUGGCUAAAAUGUACGAGUAUGAACGAGCUAGAACUAUUUUUCCAAUGAAGAUAACUAAAACAAUACGCAUUCAUCCGAUCAAUAUUGUAAACUGUUGUCUGGGUUUUUUAUCAGCCAAUUGUAACUGCAUGUCGCAUACGUUGACUACUGGUUUGUAUCAAUUAGCCGCUGUCUUAGCAGCGUAUCAUCCAGAAAUUAUUGAAAUCGUCGUCGAGAACGUGUCUCGACAUUCUAUUAAGGUCUUAGCUCAAGUAGCUGUACUAAAUCCAGAGGCUCUUAAUGAGUUAUUUGAUCGCGGUACUAAUGAUGAAAAUAAUCCUUUGGAGUUUCAUUUCAAAAAGAAGUAUUGGAAAGAGAAGGACAUCGCAAAUGCGCUGGUAACCAUAGCGACAGUACUGAGUAGCCACAGCGAAGGUGUUCAGUGGUUAAUUAUUAGAAAAAUUAAGUUUCUGGAGACUGUAUCCAAUAGACAAACUGCGGCCGAAUUAAUGAGAAACUUACGCUGUACGCCACUAAGUUUAAUGACUUAUCACUUUGAAGAAGAAAAUCAAAGCAGUUUAAUUGACUGGAUGGACCCUAAAGUAACGUUAUCACUGAGUAUCGCUUUUGGUAUCGAACGAGGCAGAAAUUGGUUAAUACGAACAGGGUUGCUAUACUCGGCCGAUAAAUUUAUGCAGAUUCAAUUGCGUGAGUUGACUGACACGUUCUUUGAUUCAAACGACAAUAGAAAAUCAAUUGAUUUGAUAGUUAAAUUGGUAUAUUCCAUUUGUACUACAACCGAAGGUCUACACUAUUUGAUUUCCGGAUACCAUCGAGAAGAUGACAAAAAUGUCGCAAAACUAGCUAAUAUAUUCCAUUUAUCUUAUGAAAACUUUGACGAUUAUUCUAUUCCUAGAGACGUUCUCAUAUUUCUGUGGUUACGAUGUAUCCAAGCUGCUACCCACUCAUUUAUUUCACGGGUUUAUUUGGAAUCGCAGUUAAAAUAUCAAGACAUUCUUGCGAAACUGAUUUCGGAGAAACACACCGAGGACGGCGUCCCUAUUGUGGACGAAUCAGUUGAGUUGAUUUCGAAACUUCAGGAAACAGUCCGAUACGGACGCGAUAAAGACGUCGCCGCCCAAGACUAUUCGCCGACAGCGGGACGCUUUCCGCUGGACAGCGAGAUCAAUGACGAGUGGCUGCGGACAGUUCGCGUUAUGAUAAUGCGCACUGGACGGAUAACCGGACCCGAAACGGUGGACUUGAUAAUAGCAUACGGCAAGUUACGUUUUAAUAAAUCGCGUGCGAGUCAGCUGGACGAUCGAAGCCAAUUACCAUUAUCUGAACACGAGGUCAACGGAAUACGUUCGACGCUGAGGUACUGGUCAAGCGUGUCAAACGAUUUGGAAGUUCAGCUGGGACGGGUGUACGGUCAAACGGCUAGACGGCUACCUGACGUCCCGUGGUUUUUCGAUACUGUUGUUUGCACGUUGUUUUUGGCUUCCGGGAAUUCCGAAGACAAGUGCAUCGAAGCCUGUGCCGUUUUUCUGAAAAUUCAAGAGACCAGACAACGUUUUUGGUCGCCAGCAGCCGACGAGGACACUCGAUCGAUUUGCGGUUAUUCGCUGGACGCUUUGUUACAAAAAGAACUACCGGAGAUCUACAACACGUUUAAGAUGUCCGGCGUCUCGUGGUGGCUCCUCUGUUCCGGUUGGACGGCCUACUGUUUCUGGGACCGCUUGCCUUGGCCCGAAGUGUGUAGGUGGCUGUGUUUGUUCGUCCUGUUUCCGGUUGACUACCGAGCGUACUUUUUUGUUUGCCUAGCUGCGUCGCAAAAACGCCGCUGGUCCGAAGCGUUCAAUCAAAGUCGUUUUCAGGAUACCGUUUACCAGGGUUUUAUGGACGACUUCUGUCUUGCUGAUCACGCGGAUUACGUCGAUCGUUUGGUUAAGAAAUACAGAGUUUUUCUGUCGACAGCGAUGGCCGCGGAAUUCGAAGAUAACAAUUAACCGAACGGAAUUAUUGCUGUAUUGAUGGGCUGGAUAAAUAAUGUCAAUGAACAUAUUUCGUCGACUGAUUUAUACACUCGACUAUUCUGUGUACUUAAACUGUUUAACUUUGGUUCGAGCUACCCUUCUCAGUCAUUAUAAUAUUCCAAGAGAAAGGCUAAGUCAAUAUUGUAUUAUUCAAUAUAUACGAGUGGUACUCAAAAAGAUACUUUUAUGUCCGCAAAGAAUAAUACAAACACAAAAUCAGCGACCUCAUUGUGCAAGUUCUCCGAUAAAAAAGCAAACAUUAUUUAUUAAAACUCUAAACAGCCCGGCGAAUAAAAACCUUCGCAGUGCCAUAUUAUUCAACAGAACGUUUUCGUUUUCAUUAAAGAAAUUGUACAGCUUUCCAUCAAACAAACAUUACAUAUUAUUUACAGGUUAUUCAUAUUCGAAAUGGCUCAUUAUAAAUGAAUCCGACCAUUAAUAUUUUUAUGAACAAUAAAAUCCACUCCAUUACGUUUACUUUCAUUCUGACAAAAAUAAUUCUCUAGUGCUUAAAUUAUACAGCGAUGUUGUUGUACAUAGUUGUAACCUGUCCGUUUGACUUAAACAAAUGUUUGAUUUGGUGUUUCAAAAGAAUCCUCGGGAUAUAUACUCAAUAAAUAAUUAUCAAAUUUCAGUCAUUGUCAUUUUAAUUACCAAAAAUUAAUAUAAAAAACAUUUCUGAAACAAUAAUAAUAGAAAAAAUAUUAUAUUAAAUUAUUGAAGGCAAACAAUGAAAAAUAAAA